CUCUCCAGCCUCAUGUUCACACCACCGCCGAGCCGGAGCAGAUCACCUGUGUAGCCGACACCGAGAGCCCGCUGCCGGGGGCCGGCGGAGUCCACUGAGCCGUGCCAGGAUGCGUUGCUACAAGUUUUGGGGACCGUGUUCGGUUGGGUUUUAUGUUUGGACGGCCAUACUUUUCAAAGGAUCCCUGCAGGGGGAACACCAGAGGAGACUUUACAAAGAGCUGCUGGCCAACUACAACAGACUGGAGAGACCUGUGGUCAAUGACUCAGCUGCCAUCUUGGUGGAGCUGGGCCUCACACUACUGCAAAUCAUAGACGUGGAUGAGAAGAACCAAGUGCUGAUGACCAAUGCCUGGCUGCAGUUGUACUGGACAGAUAUCUACCUGAGCUGGAAUCCAGAAAAGUACCCCGGCGUCCAGAACCUGCGAUUCCCUUCAGACCAGAUCUGGACCCCUGACAUCCUCCUUUACAACAGUGCGGACGAGCGGUUUGACGCCACCUUCCACACCAACGUACUGGUAAAUGCAUCGGGGUACUGCCAGUACAUCCCCCCUGGCAUCUUGAAGAGCACCUGCUACAUCGAUGUGCGUUGGUUCCCCUUCGACGUUCAGAAGUGUGACUUGAAGUUUGGCUCCUGGACGCACAACGGCUGGCUGCUGGACCUCCAGAUGCUCGAUGUGGACACAUCCACCUACAUACCCAACGGAGAGUGGGACCUUGUGGGUGUGCCGGCUAAGCGUAAUGAGCUGUACUAUGAGUGCUGUAAGGAGCCCUAUCCUGACGUGACAUUUACAGUCACCAUGCGCCGCAGGACUCUGUAUUAUGGCCUCAAUCUGCUUAUUCCCUGUGUGCUGAUCUCUGGUUUGGCCCUGCUGGUUUUCCUGCUACCUGCGGACUCUGGGGAAAAGAUUUCUCUGGGCAUCACUGUGCUGCUUUCGCUAACUGUCUUCAUGCUUCUGGUAGCAGAGAUCAUGCCCGCCACGUCCGACUCUGUUCCUCUCAUCGCCCAGUACUUUGCCAGUACCAUGAUGAUUGUGGGAAUGUCUGUGGUGGUGACUGUUAUAGUCCUGCAGUUUCACCAUCAUGACCCGCAGGGAGGCAAGAUGCCCAAGUGGGUUCGGGUGGUUCUGCUGAACUGGUGCGCCUGGUUUCUCCGUAUGAAACAACCUGGAGAUGAGCGCAAGCGGCACGGUUACAAGUACCGUCACACCUCCCAGCACCACUCCAGCACCAGCUCCAUAGAGAUGGGCACAGUACCGAGCCUCACUGUGCCCAUCUCACAGACAUCCUGCCCCCCAUGCCCCACAGGCACCUCCAAUGGUUCCAUGAGCCUCUACUUCGGCAGUUACCACCCCAUAGAGAGCCCACACUGCCCACCCUCUAGCGACUCCGGGGUAGCGUUAGGCGGACGUGCCCAUGGCUCCCCCAGCGAUGAGGCUGAGCCACCCGGAGGAGUUGGCAGUGGCGUUGGAGGCCUGGGGAUGGGCGUUAGCAUCCCCCCACCAGAGAUCCAGCGCAUUUUGGAGGAGGUGUCGUACAUAGCCCAGCGGUUCCGGGACCAGGACGAGUGUGAGGCCAUCUGCAGCGAGUGGAAGUUUGCAGCGGCGGUGGUGGACCGGCUGUGCCUGGUGGCCUUCUCUCUCUUCUCCAUCAUUUGCACCUUCACCAUUCUCAUGUCAGCACCCAACUUCAUAGAGGCUGUUUCCAAGGACUUCACAUAGCUGUUUGCAGCAGCAGGAGAGAGGGAAGGAAGAAAGCGCAAAAUAAUUAGGGAUAAAGAAGAGGUUAAGAGAGAAAGUGGAGGGGGUAAGGAAGGAGUGCAGUACUGUAUGUGGUCCCCAACCUACAGUCUCGACACCCCAUUGGAUAGGAGAUGGCCCACGCGGUGUUUUAUGAAAAAAAUGAUAAUAUCUUCGGAAACUUAGUGCAAACAAAUAGAGCCUUGCGGUUCAGUCAUGUAAUCAGUUGAACCAGUCAAGAAACACAGCAUUCGUGAUUGAUGAGCAAGUAAUUACAAAGACAAAUUAUCAUGUUUCAUUAGCAAAUUCAAAUUAAGAAAAGAAACAUAAAUUAAUUGUCCCACUCUGUCUUGAUGUCAGAGUCAAUUUGUUCCUAUCUAGAGGAGGAAAAGAGGUUGGUCAUGCAGACUAAACAGCAAAGGCACCUGGGGAGACUAGAGGCAAAAGGUUGGGAAUCACUGGGGCAGUAGAGGGGUGCACUGUAUAGAUUUUCUUUUUUACAUUGGGUGAGAAAUCAAUAAGGGAAAGAUAAUAUGGUUGUCUUUACCCGGAAAACAGUGUAAAUAUCAUUGUUGUAUCCGCACCCGUUUUUGAAACCCAGCUUAAUUUACUGCACAAUGACACAUGCAGCAGCACAGUCCACCUCACUGCCCCUUCUCUAGUUCAUUUCAGUCAUCUCAACUGUUGUUCUCCCAUAUGUACAAAUCCACACAUACAGAUGUAUAAAUAUCACCACAGUCUGAGCUCAUACACCGACUGCUCACUUUCUGAACUCUUGAUGAGGAAGUCACAGACUUUUUUCUGAUGAUGCACCAUCCCUCUAAUGAUGUUAGGUUAGUUACUAAAAUGAGAUGUGUCACUGUGAAUUUCAUUGUUUUUGGUUUUACUGCGAACAACCUAGCAAUGGACACAACUUUAUUGCUUUGACGCUUGUGUAGAGCCAUUUUCUUUAUUCAUCGGUAUAGGAAUGGUCGUUUAGGAUCACUUUUCACUUUGUCUUACCUGUUUAAUUUAGCCAGUAGCCAACAUUUUGGGACAUUGUAAUAAUGAAACAUCCAGUAUAUUAGAUUAAAAAGCACUGUGUUGACUGGUAUUGUACUUGUGUUGACCAGUAACACAAGAGGCACGUGUCUUUCUAAAGUACAGUCAAAUACUGUAUGUUAAACUGUACAGUACAUCUUUUAACCAAGUGGUCUGACACUACACAUACAAGUUAUUCAUUUAACAGUAGGACACAGGUCAAGUAGUAACAAUAGUUUUGAAAAAAACAUGUCUAACUGCUGUAAAAAUACUCAUAUUCAUGUACCCUUAAAAGAUGAACAGGAAUUCUGACUUGAUUGGUCUUUACUCUAUAUAAGUGUUGACUGAAGAUGAAGAGCAAUGUGACUUUUGAACCCCUGACACCAGAGACAAUGGUUUGAGGUUCGCCAGCAAGAGGCAAACUUCACAGCUCCAUCCUCCACCAUAUCACUGGAGAAUAUACUGUAGAUUUAUAAAAGGCCCCAGUGUCAGUAAGUUUUGCCUCUGUUUUGUAGAGCGAGCAAAGUGACUCAUUCAUACAACAAAAUUGUUAAUGUGUUAGGUUCCACCUCCACCUCCCAGCCACCUCUUUAUUGUAGCUACGGUUAUUGGUCUCUUUUUUCUCUUUCUUUGUCAUUCCAAGUGUCAGUUUUUGGCUGUAUGUUA